ACCCAUUCCAUUAAUAAAUAUCCUCCAACACCUCACUACCUCAUACCCGUCAUCUCACCCACAGCACACAGAUUUCCAUUUCAUUCACACACACACCUCACUGCACACAGUUUCACACACCCAAUCCCCAACACGCAAAUACUGACACAUUCAUUCAACAAAAUAAAACGCACCACACACACUGAAAUCUGAAGAGAAUAUAUCAUGUUGUCUACAAUCUGGUGCAAGAAGAGAAGGGUUUCUUUUCUGGGCUUAUGCAGUGAUGAAGGCCUGAGGGUUCUUACAAAGCUUGCAAAUGGGAACUCAAAUGUUGUCGUUAAGCCCAUUUUCUUGCAUAAUCGAACUGUUAAAUCUGCUGUCCAUGUCUCUUGUUCUUCCUUCUCCGAUGAUGAUGAUGAUAACAAUGAUGAUGGUAUUUCUUACUGUUAUCUCAAAUCAUGCCAUCUUUGCCACAAGCCCUUGUGUCUUGACAAAGAAGUCUACAUGUAUAUGGGUGAUCUGGGAUUUUGCAGUGUGGAGUGCAGAGAGAGGCAAAUUUAUCUGGAUGAGAUGAAGGAAAUAGAAGCCUCCACGCACAGAAUCUUGGCUUCU